CGUUGCGGAGGAUCCUUGCAGGUGUUGUCCCGAUCCAUUCUAAAUCGGCUCAAAGCCUUCCUACUUUUCGUUCUCACGGCAGUCCUCGCCCAUACAUACACGCCGAGUCAGGAGAAUACUCGGAAUGACUGCCCACGUUCGGGCUGGAAACAUGCGCGAUGAGACAUCCCCCGUCGACCUGGUUGACAGCGCGUCAGCAAUCUUCAACGCAGAGGGCCCCGUGAGCCCCCGCACCGCUCCACCGGCCACGACUUGCGAGAAGUCUAAUUCGGCGUGCAUCUACGAGCGAGCACUGAGACCACACUAUCCUGGAGGCAAAUCACUAUAUAUCAGCGCACUAGAGGAAAGAAUCGCAUUCCUCGAAGCACGUUUGCCAGAUUUUGCCGAAGACCACUUCGCGGUGACAUCUUUCGCAGCAACACCUCCGGAACCCAAGACGAGAGGUUCGCAGAGAGACUCAAGAGACUCACCUUCGGACGAUGAGCCAUCAUCAUUAGUUGAUGGCGUUGCCUACCUGUCGUUAUGCGCAUCUGGCACAAUAGACACCGCCCCAGAGCCCUUUUACCUAGGGUCGAGCUCCGGCGCCACGAUUGCGCGGAUGAUUCAGUCUUCCAUCUUUCACAGCUCGGGUCAUAAAGCUGGAGUUGAUUCUAUGGCAACAAAUCAAACUGUACCGUCAUCUCCGAUGCACUCGCGAGGGAAUCCUUCGGUAUCCUCCAGCCCGGAGGAGCCCCAGUCUGAGUUCCCGUUCCCCGAGCAGGCGAGGAUGCUCUUCGAUGUCUUCUUUGAUCGGCUUCAUACGCGAUGGCCUAUCCUGGAUCGUAAGCUGUAUACAAAGCUGUUAGAAAAGCAGUAUGAACAAGGGGCGCUUACGAUCCAGAAUCGAAGCAUUAUGCACCUGGUGUACGCCAUUUCGGCAAAAUUCCUGCAGUUGAUGAAGAAGCCCUGCGACGUGGACCCUCAGAAACACCUCAUGGCUGCCAUCGAGCCGAUGGAUUAUAUUCUGGAACAACAUAACUUAGCCACCGUCCAGCUUCUCCUUCUGCUCGCAGUUCACGGGACGAGAAGUCCCUAUGGUGCCGGCGCAUGGUCUCAGGUGCGAUACGCUGUUACGCUCUGCAUAGAACUAGGUCUCCAUCGAAAGCAGUCAGGCACCUCUACUCACAAUCCACGCGAUCUUGAGAUUCGAAGGCGCGUUUUCUGGUCUAGUUACUGUUUGGACCGCAUGACGAGUGUGGUGCUUGGACGGACUUUCGCCAUCGCCGACAGAGACAUCAACGUGGAGAUUCCAAGUGACAAUUUGGAGUUUUGGGACUUGACAGCUCUAAAUCACCCGUCAACCACAUCAGAAAUGCCCUGGUCAAACAUGAAACCGUUCAUCCACAUUAUCAAGCUCCGGAGAAUACAAUCCAAGAUCCACCGCCGAGUAUACCGAGUUGAUAAAGACGUCUUGUCAGAGUCCUUGGAAGAAAGAGUCAAACUCGAUUCCAAAAUGAGAGAAGUCAGAGCCGAGCUCGAUGAGUGGGCGAGAACAGUCCCUCAUCCGCCAAAAGACGCUGGAAGCAUAACUUGGAUGUAUGAUCCGGAAAGCGCAUAUCACGACUCUAGAGAUUUCUUCGAUCUGCAAUACUACAAGUCAGUUUUAUCGCUCUUUACCGUACUCCUCCCCACUCUCAAAACCUCCGACUCGCGGUUCAUCACCACCGCCCAGUCCGCCGCCCGCGUCUGCACGGCAUACAAGCGUCUCAACCAGCAAAAGACGCUCAGCUACACCAUGAUGGCACUCCACUCGUGCUUUAUCGCGGGUUUAACACUGGUGUACUGCUUAUGGCGGGACCGCUCUCUCUUCUCGUAUGACACGCUCGAAGCUACGAGAGCAUGUUCUCAGUCUUUGACCAUCUUUGGCGAGAAGUUUCAUGGCGCGAUCAAGUACCGCGAUAUCUUUGAUGCUCUCUCGGGAAGUUUGUUGAAGACAAUUGUUGAUCCGAUAACGGGCCCAGACGAAGGAUCAAAGCCCCUCGAUGUAGACCUGGGAGUGAAUGCAGGGGUGUAUCCGCCGAUGGCGCCCGCAAAAACUCCGGGAAGCAUGGCCAUUGAAGGGAGCAGCGGGGCCGAGGAAAAGUCAUCCGUGACUAAUGCGAUCUCUGAUGCCGUGAAAGAGGCGUUUAUGGAGGCGGACGAAGAAGCACCGGGCGGUUGGCAGGGUUGGAGGAUGUUUAACGAAAUGGUGCAGCCCGAUCUCGCCGAUGAAUCUGGAAAGGUCUAUGGAAAUUAUCACGAAGGAGACUGGCCGGACAGCAAGUGGAAUAAUCUUGGGCAUGAGCUGGGCUUCACGGAAGAGCUCAAACAAGGGAUAGAUCAGGACGUUACGGAAUCAGACUGGGAUUUCGAUGGGCAUGGAAAAGUGAGCUGAAGACAAUUUUCAAGGUGGGAACUUCACGAGCUAUUGGCGCCGGUUUAUUGCGAAAUGGUAGAUCGCAAAUAGUUUGUUAGGUUGGUUGCAUCUUUAUAUUACUUAGAGAUGAGGUAAGUAGGUACAAACAGCACGGCACUGAACGUCUGGGCGGCGACGUUGAGAGCCAAACACUUAUAAGGGUACGAGUCCAGUCCCAUUUACUUCAACCCUGUAGUCACGCUUCCGGUCUGGAAGGCACCGAUUGGAGAUCCUCUCGAGAACUUGAGAUCCUUCUAACAUGGCUAAGUUUUGUCUCGGGCUUUAUUGAACAUAAUGCCGAGUGGGAACUCUGACC